AUGGAUAUCGGAUUUUCAUCGUACCACAAUGGUGGACCAACAAGAGAACAAGAUUUUGGUAGAUUGUCACAGACCAUCGGCACAUCAAUUUUAAAGAUAUCUCAAAAUGGCACCAGAUACAACAUUAUACACAACAGUUGGCAAAAGAUACUAGUGUACAUCUUCGAGAUUUGGCUAUAUUGGCUAAUAAUUCAGGAUCUACCAGUCCUGGCGAACAAAGACAGCGUAAAAUGCAGAGAGAACGUUUACAAGAUGAAUUUACAAGUGCAUUAAAUUCUUUUCAAGCAGUACAAAGGCUUGCAGCUUCCAAAGAGAAAGAAAUGGUUAGAAAAGCUAAAGCUAAUGCAGGUAUUACUCCAUUUGGGGAAAAGAAGCAAGAAACGUUGAUAGAAUUACAAGACAGCAGAACUCAGAAACAAAUACAGCAACAGCAAUUGAAAGAAGAACAAAAUUUGCGAAUGUUGGAAGAACAGGAAGCAAGUAUAAGACAAUUGGAGAGCAAUAUUAGCGAUAUCAAUCAAAUUUUCAAAGAUCUUGGUGCUUUAGUAUAUGAUCAAGGAGAAGUUAUUGACUCCAUAGAGGCUUCUGUUGAAAGAACGGAAGUAUCUGUUAAUGAAGCUACUUCACACGUAAGACAAGCAAGCAUGUAUCAAAAUAAAUUGCGCAAGAAAAAAUGCAUACUUGCUCUUAUCGGAGCGGUCGUAUUAUCUAUAUUAAUUGGAAUCAUUGCUUGGCAAAGGUCUUAA